UCCUCCUCCUUCCCCGUCUCGUCGCCUCCACUCCACCAGUCCCCCGCCGCCCCCACCGCCGCCUCCGCCUAGGGCAGAGGGGCUGCCCAUGGAGCUCUCCAGGAUCCGGACCUUCGAGAAGCGCCUCCUCCGGCCGCUCCUCUCCCUGCCGUCGCGCUCCCGGUCGUUCCAGACCCUGGCCCGCGCCUCCCCUCCGCCGCCCUGCGCCCCCUCCCUCCUCCUCCUGCUCCGCACGCGCCACCUCGCUCCCCAUCCCCACCGCCGCGCCUCGCUGCCGCCCCUCCGCUCCUUCGCCUCCGUCUCCCCGGCCCCGUCGGCCCCGGGGAAGGACCUCCAGGGCAGCAACGGCAACGACGACGACGACGGCCUCCCGCCCGCGCCCCUCCCGCCGCCGCCCGAGGAGCUCGGCUCCGACGACGACGCCUACUACCAGGAGCAGCUGCUCGAGUACGCGCAGGAGGACGAGGCCCGCCUCGUCCCCGUCAAGGCCUACUUCCCCUGCACCAGCAUCAACCUCAAGAGCCUCCAGUCGCAGAAUUCCUUCAAUGUCAUCCCGCCCACUUCGCGUGCCACCAAUUAUGUCGUCCUCAGAUACUAUGAUGUCAAGGGAGACCCAGAGGGUUUUAAGACUGGUGUCAUAGAUGAGAGCCAUUGCCACUACAUGGUAGUUUUCCAAUAUGGGUCCAUCGUGCUGUUCAAUGUUUCUGACCAUGAAGCAGAUGGAUACCUAAAAAUUGUCGAGAGGCAUGCUUCAGGAUUACUGCCAGAGAUGAGAAAAGAUGAUUACGCCGUUGUUGAGAGGCCUGCCAUGGAGAAGUGGAUGGAGGGUGGACUUGAUUUUAUUAUACUGAAGGACCUGAGUAUUGAUGGUAUUCGGACAAUUGGAAGUGUCCUUGGUCAGAGUAUUGCUCUUGACUAUUAUAUCCGGCAAGUGGAUGGAAUGGUUGCUGAGUUCACGGAUAUAAACCGUGGAAUGGAAAAAACUGGUACCUUCACUAUGGAGAGGAAAAAGCUUUUCCAGUUGGUUGGAAAGGCUAACUCUAACUUGGCAGAUGUCAUUCUUAAGCUUGGACUUUUUGAGAGGUCAGACAUUGCUUGGAAGAACGCAAACUAUGCGCAGAUCUGGGAGUUCCUCCGGGACGAGUACGAGCUAACCCAAAGAUUCGGAAACCUUGACUUCAAGCUGAAAUUUGUUGAGCACAACAUCCGGUUCCUCCAGGAGAUCCUCCAGAACAGGAAGUCGGACUUCCUGGAGUGGCUCAUCAUCAUCCUCAUCAGCGUGGAGAUCUUGAUAUCUGUGUAUAACAUUGUCCAGGAGCAGAUGUAGAGCGAAGGCGAGAGAACCAAUACGUCGUUGUUGAGAGUGAGCGAGAAUGCGAGACCAUCGUCAGAGCCACGAACGAACCACACUGUUUUUGUCUGCGAGUUUUUUCGUUCCAUUUCUCCCCCUCCGGUAGAAGCCCCCUGUAAAGAAUUCUUGAUUCGGACCAUGACAUGGUCACGUAGCUUUAGCGCACUUGCUUUGUCCGGACGGAGGUCGUGUUGCCGCUGUUGUCUAGCGGGAGUGUGAACUGCGGA